GUCCAGUGCCCUACUAACCAACCACGAGAAUGGGGGUCACAUCCAGCUCUCCAAUAGCACUCGAAGUCCUCGCGGACCCAGGGGGUUUUCAAGGAUGUGUUGAGCACGAGAUAUUCCUGACACAAAUGGCCGCUGCAUUUAGCGAGCUCCCCGUCGCCACGCAACAGCGCGUUCGGGAUGCGUUGCAACCCAGGAUGGAGCCUCUGAGUGCCGCCGAAGAGAUCAAGGCAGAACUUGAUCGGUGGCGUUCGAGACCUGCCACAUUCUUUUAUCCGGAUGACAAGGGCGCCAGACCAUUUGAUUAUGUCUCAGCAUUGUCCGAGAUUUUCACGCGGUUCAACGGCCGCACAAAUCUCUCAUUGACCGAGAAGGUACAACGUCGAGUAGCACUCUACUGCCUACGCCAGUUGAAGUCCCGCUACCCCCAUGUCGAUAUACGUCCAGUCCACAAGUAUCACAGGCUCGGCAAACCUUACGAGACAUUCGUCAAUUCCUUUGGUGCUGCGGCUCUCUACUGUCUGUCAUUCACGGUUACGCACAGCGACAGUUUCGAAUCAAAGUGGUCGCUCCAGAGGCGUGAGGAGUACCUGAAGGAACUGGCGGAUAAGAACUUCAAAAGCAAGGUCGAUGCCGUGGGAGACGCUUUCAAUCGGAUAAUGACUUUCGAAUAUGAGCGGAUGAGGCGGAAUUAUGAGCGCACCGAAGAAGAGCCCACCGAAGAAGAACAAAUAGUGACUCAGCCUGGUGAUUGGAGCAUUUAUAUGCGCGAUGGACCCGCCUCCAUUCAAUGGCAUGAUCUAGGCUUCAUUGCAUGA